AUGGACCACCAAAGAUUCACAGCCGCCGAAAAAGGAAAAGACAUCAUGACAACAACUAGAGGACCCCAACGCAAACGUAUCCGAGCUUCAGCCUUUGACAACUCUACGCUCUUACUAGGAAACGCUCUCACUCUGAUAGGAAGACUUACUAACUCGAAAGAGCAGUCUAUCACUCGAAACUACUUCUUCCAGUUCAGAUUCCAGGAAGAGGAAGAUCUUCAAAGGGUUCUUAGCAACAGACCUUAUCACUCGAAACACUGGACGCUCAUCCUCCAGCCCUGGGAACCUGUCAUAUCAGCUUCUUUCCCUUCACAAAUCCCAUUCUGGAUCCAACUCAAGGGACUUCUCCUUCACUACUGGCAUGCUAAGAUGAUAGACGACAUUCCUGACGCACUAGGAACGCUUGAGGGGACUGACAUCUCUUCCAAUACAGUGCGUAUGAGACUCCUCCUCAACGGCUUAGAACCACUGGUGAUGGAGACAAUUGUGAAAUUUUCUGAGGGUGAGGAAGCACUAGUAACACUAGAAUAUGAGGAGUUGGAAAACUUCUGCAGUAUAUGCCACUCCCUCACGCAUGCAGCCUUAAACUGUAUACACUCUCUAGAAGUAGCCAACUCAACUCCUCGUGAGUACGCUCCCAAUAGGGGCAAUGAGAUACACAGUAGCAAAGCUCAUUCUCAAAGAAGAGACUCCCCUGGCCGCUCGAGAAGUACAUACAGAUCACAUAGAAGCCAAGAGAAACGUCAAACUCCAUCCUUCAACCAAAGAUUGGACCGUAAUGGCAGACCAUUUGGGGAACGUGUCUUUUACCCUUCCCACCAGGUGAAACCUCUGAAGAAUAAAAUUGCUCCCUCCUACACUGUUGAUCAACCAGCUAGGAGAAGAACCUAUGACAUACCCUCAGAAGGGUAA